UCUCCCUCUCCCUCCUCUCCCUCUGCCCCGACCACCUCUGCCACGAGGAGGCGCCAUGUUACCCUGGAAGUAUUAUAAAAAUAAGUUAUUAAAUAAAAGAUUGAGCUUGAAAUAAGCAAUGCGCUGUGAUGUUGGCGUGGAUUCGCGAAAUUUCCCACACACAUUUUGAGCCGCCGAAGUUCCAGCGGGCGGAAAGAAUCAGAGAGCAAAAAGAACUCCACCUCAACCGGCACGAUCUCUAAUUUUCAGUGAGAGGGACAGUUUGAGUUAGGACGCGAGCAGAGAGCCGGGAUUAUUCGAUAUAUUUAUUCACCAUGGCCGGAACCGAUUCUUUCGUCCACCUUGCUCGCCCUCUGGGCCCAGCGACAGUGGGGUCUGCACCGACGACUGCUCCUUUGAACGUCGUUAUCCAGCCUCAGGCACUUUUCUCCAUCCUGGAUCAUUCCCUCCGUCGCAACGCCGACCAGGAGCGUGUCAUCGGAACCCUGCUUGGAACGAGAUCUGAAGAUGGAACCGAGGUGGAAAUCCGCAGUACCUUCGCUGUCGGACACACAGAGACGACGGACCAGGUCGAGGUGGACAUGGAGUACCAGAAACAGAUGCUCGCGUUGCAUCUUAAGGCCAAUCCCAGGGAAUUCCUUGUCGGGUGGUACGCCACAUCGUCCGAGUUGAACACCUUCUCCGCUUUGAUCCAGAACUUCUACAGUGGCCAGGGUGACGGUACCUGGCCCCACCCCGCUGUUCACUUGACUGUCUCUACGGAACCCGGGAAGGACAUCGAGACCCGUGCCUACAUCUCCGCCCCCGUCGGUGUGACUGCUGAGAGAGCCGCCGACAGCGCCGCUUUCGUCCCCGUCCCUUACGAGAUCCGAUAUGGCGAAGCUGAGAAGAGUGGAUUGGAGGCCGUUGCCAACGCCAAGGACACAGAGAACCGGACAGCCAACAUCUUCACCGAUAUCGAGGCUCUGGAGCGUGCAGUUGAGGAGGUCCUUGGCAUGAUCGACCGUGUCUCGAGAUACGUUGAGUCUGUCAUUGACGAGGAGGCUCCUGCUUCGACAGCACUGGGUCAGUUCCUUCUCAAUGCUCUUGCACUGGCACCCAAGGUGGAGCCGGCUGACAUUGAGCGCGACUUCAACAACCACAUCCAGGACGUCUUGGUGGUGUCCUACCUUGCCAACACCAUCCGCACCCAGAUGGAUCUCUCCAACCGGUUAGCCACUGCCCAGCUCACCCUUGGUGGCGGAGAAGGCUCUGGAGAAGGUCAACAGCGCGGCCAACGAGGCGGCAAAGGGAACCGCGGUGGACAGCAACGGACUCAAGAGCGUGGUGGUGAAGAAGCCCGCGCGUAAAGAGAAAUGAAUGGAUGAAUGACAAGUAACAUGUGGAAAUAAUUUCUUUUCUUUUUACGGUUUUCUUUUACCCUUUCCGAUUUUCUGGUUGAUUUCUUAUUUAUCUCUUCCUCUUUGUUCUUCUUUCCCGGGUCUUUGUCUCGUCUCCCGUUCUGGGAUUCUUUAUCAUUUGAUGGCUCUUUCAUAUUUUGGCAUGGAGCAUCUAGCUGCUGCCGGGACAGCACAAAAUAUAGAAGAAAAGAAGGAAGAAAAUGGCGUAUGGGAGUCAUCUGGCCUUUGAUCAGAUCAGGAAAAGACUAGAAAAGGAGAGGUGUACAGUGAGAAAAGAAUAGGGCUUCUGCCUGGUUUUACGCAGAGGAACGAAUUCAUGAAUGUAGACCAAAAUGAGCAGUUUACAGAGAACAAUAUGCCAUUUUCCUAAUAGACAAGCUAAUGAUGCCC